CAUCCGCGGGCCUGGUAUCAUCCUCUGGGAGAAUAUUACUAAAAUCUAGUGGAUGCAAAAAUGUCACAGGAAUUUUUAGACAGCCGGAUGAUCCCCAGCUCGUUUUAAAGGAACCGACCCUAUAAAUGGUAUCUGGAAUAUUCAGGUCCAUCUUGCAGCCUGACAUGAUGCAUGUUAUCGUAACAGCGUCGUUAUUGACAAGCCAGCUGCGUGUAGUUUCAGACCAAGAUGCUACAAGGCUCAAACAUCUUGGGGUAUGAGAGGCCCCUGGUCAUCAGGAUUUCAUUCACAACCUGUGUUCUGACUACUGUGUGCCUACCACUGCUUGGACUAAUAACUUGUGUCUUCAUAUCCUCUGUUUUUCAUUUUGAGGACUCCACUGGUACACAUUGCCAGGUCCCUAACUACCUGCCAUCUAUCAGUGCCUCAAUAAGCCUGAGUCCUGAGUGCCACAUUUGGCGAUUCUGCAUAGGACUGCACUCUGCGCCGAGGUUCCUGGUGGCAUUUACCUACUUCAAGUUUUACAAGACACAUUUUGCCUCGAAGUUCCCUGAGAGUCCACUCAGCUGCUUGAACCUGGCCUUUUCUAUUUUUGAAAACCUCGGCCUCUUGCUUCUCACAUAUGUAUCAUCCAAUGAGACAUACUUUGUACAUAAGGAGGGCUUUGUCCUGUUCAUUGUCAGCUCCAUUGUCUACAUGCUGAUAACCUGCCGUUUGUGGAAGGCUAUUAAGAUAAAUUCACUGAGUCCUGAGGAUGCCAAGUCUCACCACUGGAAAGUGCGUUUUUUACUUCUUAACAUAUCCUUCUGUGCUUUUGCUGGAUUCUUCUACUGGAAACACAACAUGUACUGUGAAUCAGGGAGUUAUACAUUUUUUGCCCUGUUUGAGUAUCUUGUUGUCUUCUCCAACAUGGCCUUCCAUCUCACAGCUGUGUGGGACUUUAAGACCCGGGAGGUCAUGGUCAUUUCAUCCUCCGAAGACAAAAACUUCUGACUAGAAAGUCAAGGACUAAAUGCUAAGUAUACAACCACUGAACAACCUGAUGAUAACAGCCUUGAUCCUGCUCAAGAGGAAGAGUGGGAUGAAGGCCUUUUCCAUAUUUUUCCAUGAUGAUGGCUGUCAAGUCCUUAGAGGGUGAGGAUGUCAGGCAAGUCUGAACAAAACAUAUGCACACGUGCUGCUGUAGUGUCUAUUCAGUGAGCUAUAAGUGCUUUUUGGGCCUCAGUGUUUCAUUCAUGGAUGCCUUCACCUACAUGUUGUAUGCUAUGUAAUGUAAUGUAAAAAUCAACUUUUGUAUA